CUGUCAGCCACGCGGUCGGGGCGGGGCUAUUGGCGGGGCGAGGGCCGAGUGAGAGCGGUGGGCAAGCUCUACGGCGGCGUCAUGUCCUCCGAGGUGGCCGCCCGCCGCGACGCCAAGAAGCUGGUGCGCUCGCCCAGCGGCCUGCGCAUGGUGCCCGAGCACCGCGCCUUCGGCAGCCCGUUCGGCCUGGAGGAGCCGCCGUGGGUCCCGGACAAGGAGUGCCCGAGAUGUAUGCAGUGUGACGCCAAGUUUGACUUCCUCACCAGGAAGCACCACUGCCGCCGCUGUGGGAAGUGCUUCUGCGACAAGUGCUGCGGCCAGAAGGUGGCGCUGCGGCGCAUGUGCUUCGUGGACCCCGUGCGGCAGUGCGUCGCCUGUGCCCUGGUGUCGCGCAAGGAGGCCGAGUUCUACGACAAGCAGCUCCGCGUGCUGCAGAGCGGAGCCACCUUCCUGGUGACGUUUGGAAACUCAGGGAAGUCGGAGACAAUGGUCUGUCGCCUCUCCAGCAACCAGAGGAGGCAACACUCGGGCCACGGGCAUGUCCCUGCAGUACUCAGCGCCGGGGUCAGAGGGCGUGACGCAGCUGAAGCUGACUGCAGGGGAGGACGCCAGCGCCAGCAGGCGGCAGUCCGUGGCCUGGCUGGCGGCCAUGCACAAGGCGGCCAAGCUCCUCCACGAAUCUCGGGACCAGUAACUGCUCUCAGGCCGGCCGGCCGGCCACUCGGCAGGGCGGAGCCAGCGCUGUGUGCUCCCCAGCGCCCCCUGUGCUGGGAAGAUGGCACAACCCUGGAGGAGGGGACGACCCUGGAGGAGGGGACGUGCUUGCCCACCUAGUGCAAUACGCACGCUGUUUGUUGACGCUCCCAACAGCUUCCCGCUUUAGACCCGUCUUUUCUCGUUGGCACGUAACUGGGGUGGGGGAGGCCCCUGCACUACCGCUGAACUGUUUGUAGCGUCAGCUCUGCCGUGCUUGUGCGAGCGCCAGGCUCACUAGUGGGUCCUGGCCCCUCACUGCAUUAACCCCCACGGGGGGGCGGUCUGCGCUGCGGCCGGCCCGGCCCAGACCCCAGGCUCGUCCCCACAGCACUACUUUGGGGCCACGGACAGACCUUUGAUACUUCACUACGGGCGAGGAGCCAGCUUUGUGUUUCGUAUUUUUCACUAACCAUGUCACUUUAUUAAAAUAAUUGUACAACAGUUUGUAUAUACAGCUUGAUUAAAGCCUAUUUUGAAAAUACGAA